AAGCAAACGAGUGCGUUCUCUAUAGGGACUGCUGAAGUUGCUGCCACCACCGAAGGCGGCACCAUGAUCACGUUCACACGGGAAGUAGGCACGGGCGCGGUGCCCAUCGUCCUGAACGCCACCAACUACCUCAUAUUCGCCUUCAGCAGCACGGCCUCCAAGACCCUCGCCUUCCAUGCCUGGAACCAGUAAGCCCGCCCCGUGUUGUUACCAUUGUUACCCUGGUAACCGCGGUAACUGCUGGGGCGGCCUUGCCGUGGAAUUCUCGUGCUUCAGGAAGCCCUACUCCCUGUGGGGCGGCGGGCCCGACUACUCAUACUACUCUUAGCCAGCCUUUGACUCCCCCUCUCCUCUCCCUUCCCCCCUCCUCCCCCGAAGCCUUCUUCCCUGUGGGGCGGCGGGCCCGACUACUCAGACGACUCCGACUACGACAGCAGCUUCCGCGCCGCAAGCGUCGAGGACCCAUCGGCUGGUGCGGCUUUGAGCACCAGCAGCCACCAAAACAGCUUGCAAAGGCAGAAGCCUUUGGGCCAGCAACACCACAAUGCUGCUGUUGCUGCUUCCGGGAAUGGUUUGACAAAUGCUGGGCUGGUGGGCCCGUAAGUCGGCCUUUUGGAAGGCCAUUUUUGGAGGGUGAUCAACGUGGCCCGUGAUAGGAUGGCUGGUGGGGUAUGUUUUGAGAAAUAUUUCAUCGAUGUCUUAACCCAGCGUGGUUUGGCGCGGUGUAACUGUGUUGGAAGGCUGCAACGAAUUGAGUGUUUGGGUUUGCAUGUACAUGCAGGGUUGGGUUUUUAUCAGCCGCAGUAGAGAGCUAGGGGAAACCAAGGAGCCAAUGAGUGCAGCCUUGGUGGCAAGGUGUACAAGGUUCCAUAAUUUAUUUACCACAGGUAAAAUUGGA